AUGACUGAUCAAAUGGGUCAUCGAGCUUGGCGAGUUCGACAUCAGGCUGUGGCCGAUUUCAUCUCAGAAUUCACACUUCCAACCAACAACGGUCAACCAAUCGACCCUGUCACGGCACCACCUUCGGCAUCUGUAGAUUCACCUUCGGCCGACAAUACGUUCGAUCAAAACAGCCCUCACUGGACAUUAUACGUGGAUGGCUCAUCCAACCGGCAGGGCAGCAGUGCAGGCCUAGUCCUCAAGACUCCGGAUGACACCAUAAUCGAAUAUGCUAUCCGCUUUCAGUUUCGUGCUUCCAACAACGAGGCCGAAUACGAGGCGCUCCUAGCAGGCCUUCGGCUUGCCCAAAGCUCGGGUGUCGAACGGCUGAUGAUAUGUAGCAACUCCCAACUCGUCGUCAACCAGGUCCCCAGAUCUGAGAACAGCCACACCGAUGCUCUCUCUAGGCUUGCUUCGGCAAUCGAUGACCGUGUCGGACGCCACGUCCCCAUAGAAGUUCUCGCUCGGCGGAGCACGGCCAAAGCCAAUAUCAACACCGUCCGUCAGGACCCUUGUUGGAUGGACCCGAUCCAUGCCCACCUCACCGACGACACCCUACCAAUUGACAAAGCUGAAGCAAAGGCACUACUCCCUGUCGUUGCUAAGAUGUGUUACACCAUAACAAGGAGACUACAUCUUGCGUGUGGUGACCACUUGGGAUCCCGAUCCUUGGCCUUCAAGGCCGUUCGGCGAGGCUAUUAUUGGCCAACUUUCCACCCUGACGCCACCCAGAUUAUGCAAAGGUGCGAUCCGUACCAAAAUUUCGGAUCUGUAUCGAAAGUCCCGGCCGAACCACUCAGUCCGAUGACUAGCCCGUGGCCAUUUGCCCAAUGGGGACUCGAUCUCAUUGGCCUAAUGCCGCAAGGCACGGGUCAGCUUAAAUUCGCAGUCGUAGCCGUCGAUUACUUUACCAAAUGGACUGAGGCCGAAGCCCUCGCAACAAUAACGGCAGCUAAGAUCGAACACUUUGUAGAAGCCAUCAACAAGAUCAUCAAGAAAACAUUGAAGAAGAAGCUGGGAGCCGCCAAGGGCAAUUGGCGUGCCAUACUACCAGAAGCACUAUGGGCCAUCAAUACCUCCUACCGAAGGUCAACUGGUGAGACACCAUUCUCCCUAGCCUUCGGUACCGAACCUGUCGUACCGGUAGAAGUACAUGCGCCCAUAUGCCGAACGACAACUUACAACCCUCAGCAGAAUGAACAGCAGCUCGCCCUCAAUCUGGAUCUCAUUGACGAACGCCGAUCGCAAGCAUAG